UGUAUCCGUGCAACACCACAAGUUACUGAUAUGUCAGACGAAGAAAAAAGGAUUGUAGAUAAAGUACUUUUCAAAAAAAGUCUCAAAAUUCAGACGAAUAGAAUUCCGAAUAAUAGUCGAAUAAUUAAAACGAAUGUUCUCGUUGAUAUUGGAAAGACGGCAGGUAAUUCAACUCUCAAUUUUCCAUCACCAUUGCUUAGGGCUACAUACCUUCAAGAUCGUUUUGGUUACGUUACACGGUCUACGUCGCCACCCAAGACAUUUGAAGACUUCAUAAAAUCUGUAUUCGCAAAAAUGAACCCAAAAAUAUUACAAAACAGCAAAGGAAAAGGUGAAAACGGCCGUCUUUUCGAGCGCGUAUGGCAGAUGGAAUUUUAUCGUGCCUCAUUACAAAUUCUUCCUGAUGAUAUUUAUCCUUCGGUUGAUGUUGGGAAAGUGUUUAGAUCAAAGGGGUAUGUGGAUUUUUAUAUAAAUGAUAAACGUAACUGGGCUAUCGAACUGUUACGUGAUAGAGAAAAGUUGAAUGAACAUAAAAAAAGGGUUCAGGAAGUCGGUAUAUAUAAUCCUAUUCUUAAACAUACGAAACAAUGGGCUAUAAUUGAUAUUCGAAAUUGUAAAAUGAAAGCUCCAGAGCCAGAAAAACGGGAAAAAAAUGAUAUUUAUGUUAUUUGUUCUGAAAACUUCGAAUUUGUUCAAAUAAUGUAUCCUGAUGGAACUAAUGAGGAUGUUCGGUUACUAGGCGAAGAAAAUUUACUUGAUCAUGACAUAUCGGAAUUUUCAGACGAUUCAAUGGAAAUUUUUGACUAA